UACAAAUUUCAUUUUCGUCAGUUUUCCCAGUGUGUUCAUUCGGAGGUGUCGGAAAGUUCGUAGUCAUAUUAAUCUUUUUAAUAAUUAAUAAUACUAUAAGGACAAAAUCUGUAGGUGUUGUCUUCUAUUUGCAGAAAGAUAAAAAUCUAUCUAACCGUACAGCGUAUUCCAUACGGCUACACAAUGCGGUCAGCGAAAUUCAAGAAAUUGUUUGCGUUAUUGAUUAUUGCUGCAUUUGGAAACCAAUGUGCAAGUGCAUCAUUAAAUGACGUUAAGUAUGCCGCGGUUAUAUACCGACAUGGAGACCGAACCCCAGUGGAGUGCUACCCCACUGACCCAUGGAGAAACGAAUCAUUAUGGCCGGUAAAAUUUGGCCAGUUGACCAAUACUGGUAAAAAACAACAUUUUGCAUUAGGUCAAUGGCUUCGUGAGCGAUAUACGCACUUAUUGUCAACUGAAUUUGAACCUACCGAGCUGUAUGUCAGAUCUACAGACGUUGAUCGAACUCUCAUGUCUGCAGAAGCAAAUCUAGCAGGAAUGUAUCCACCAAGUGGCAACUGUGUCUGGGAUGAGCAUCUUAGGUGGCAACCAAUACCAGUGCAUACCAGACCAGUGAAGGAUGAUAACGUAUUGGCUAUGGAGAAACCCUGUACAAGAUAUAGAAUUGCCUAUGACGAACAUAUUAAAUCGAAGGAGUAUGUGGACAGGCUUCAUGAAUAUCAAGGACUUAUGCAGUAUUUAUCCGCACAUACUGGGGAAAAAGUGACUGACUAUAACCAUAUCAACAAUAUAUAUAACGUGUUGUAUAUUGAAGACUUGUACAAUUUUACUUUACCAAACUGGACACAAAGUGUAUAUCCUGAUAAAUUGUUGGAACCAGCUGGUUAUAGUUUCACCACAAACACGGCUUUACCAAUACUUGCACGCUUGAAAGUUGGUCCAUUACUGAAGCUUAUCGUUGAACAAAUGGUACGCACAGUGGAAUAUGAGAAGACUGGGAAAAGAAAAAUGGAAGCUCGUGUCUCGAUUUUCAGCGCCCAUGACAUAACUGUAGCUAGCGUUCUGAAUGCACUGCACAUGUUUGACGGCAAAUGUCCAUCAUACACGGCCACCGUUUUGUUAGAACUGCUUCACGAAAAGACUGCUAACAACAAGACUGAUUCAUAUUUCAUAAGGAUCUCAUACAGGAAUACAAUUGAGAUUGUGGAGCCUAAAGUUCUGUACAUACCGUACUGUGGAGAAAAAUGUCCUCUUGAUAGAUUCAUAAAUUUGUACACGAACUUGCUCACUGUUGAUUGGCAACAUGAAUGCGAGAAGCCGCCGUUUAAACACUAUGUGCACGUCUCAGUUGCAUUUGCAAUGAUUUUGUUCUAUGUCUUUGCAAUACUGAGACUUCGUACUACAGAAUAUUCAGACUUGAACACAGAAUCCGUAUCUUCUGAAAUGUAAACUUUUGGCCGUCUUUAUUGAUUGGAAGAUGUCUUCUCUGCAUAAUUGUGUCAAAGUUGCAUAAUUACAUUUUGACUAGAGUCGGAAAUAAGAUUAUUUAA